AACCACAAGUCUUUCUCACCAACUCGGUCAAAUACUCUCUCUUGCAUCAUCACUUCUCGUCAGAAAAACAAGGUCCCCGAGUCAAUUGCACCUCCUCUCCCUCUUCACCACCUCCCAUUUAUAUUCCUUCCUUCCUUCUCACCAAUUACUUUCCCCACAAAUCUCACUACUCCCACUUUCUCUCUCACACACACUAACCUCAACCAUGGGUAGAUCUCCUUGCUGCGAGAAAGAACACACCAACAAAGGAGCUUGGACCAAAGAAGAAGAUGAACGCCUCGUCAACUACAUCAAGCUUCACGGUGAAGGUUGCUGGAGAUCUCUUCCAAAAGCUGCUGGGUUGCUUAGAUGUGGCAAGAGUUGCAGACUCAGAUGGAUAAAUUACCUCAGACCUGAUCUUAAAAGAGGAAACUUCACUGAAGAAGAAGAUGAACUUAUCAUCAGCCUCCACAGCUUACUUGGAAACAAAUGGUCUCUAAUAGCUGCAAGGCUACCGGGAAGAACCGAUAACGAGAUCAAGAACUACUGGAACACACACAUCAAGAGAAAGCUCUAUAGCCGCGGAAUCGACCCACAAACCCAUCGAACAAUCAACGCUUCAUCAGCCACCGCUACAGCCACUACCACCACAGUUCCAUCAUCAGCUAAUGUUGCAGACCCUCUUAAACUAACUACCAUCACCAACAAGAACAUGAAAAACGACAGCAGCACCAACAUCAUCAUCAGCAACAACAAUGAUAAUAACAUUACCAACAACAUCAGUUUUCAGUUAGUAAAGAUUGGAAACGAUACAGUUCACGAAGAUUCAAACAGCAGCAGCGGUGUUACAAUAGAAGAAGCCUCCCCUCAUCAUCAUCAACAACUCAACUUGGAACUUUCCAUUGGCCUUCCCUCUCAUCAAUAUCAGAACCAGUUAGCUUCUUCUUCUUCCGUGAAGUUGAAACAUGAGCAACAAGAAGAACCACCACGUAUUAAUUUGUAUCAACAGUGGUGUGGGAACGUUAGUCAAGGUGCGUGCGUGUGUUACGGUCUAGGGUUUCAAACCAACCAAGCGUGUUGCUGCAGAGCCAUGGCUACUGCUGCUGCUACAACAGUUACAAAAGCUGCCAAUGAAGAUGAUAUCUUUAGAUUUUACAGACCCAUGAAUGUUUAGAACUUUUUUAGAAGUUAAUUAGUGGUAAUCUCUGAUCAGGCGUGUCUGAAUGUGUAAUAUUUGCGACUGUUCCUAGUUGACAUGGAAAUAGUUUCAGAAUAUAUCACAGAAUUUUGGGCUACUUAUUUCA